UCCCUUUCCUUAGCAUACCAAACUUCUCCCUUUCGCUACCCCUACCCCUCUCUCUGCCUCUGCAAAUGUCUCAAAUCCAUGAAAAGUCUCCCAAACACUGUGCCAACAAGCAAGCAAUCAACCUCCACAAGUUCAACAAGAAGCUCUUGUUUUCCUUAUCCACACUCUUCCUCUCCAUUCUCUCCCUCAUAUUCCUUGUUUGGCUUGUUCUCCACCCCACAAAGCCUCAGUUUUCCCUCAAAGAAGCUGAUAUCAAUCAGCUCAAUCUCUCAGGUCCAUCCCUGCUCAAUUCCUCUAUUCAGCUGACUCUCCUAUCCAAUAAUCCAAACAAAAAAGUUGGAAUUUACUACGACGAAUUCCUACUAUAUGCAUCCUACAAGGGCCAAAAGAUCACUCCCGAAACUUCAAUCUCUCCAUUCUAUCAAGGCCAUGAAGAAACAAACCUGCUUAGCGCAUCGUUGGUCGGAAACCAGCAACCUGUGGCUCCAUCCUUUGCCUAUGAAGUUCAACGUGAUCAGGGCACUGGAAAAUUGGUCUUAAGUUUCAAAGCAAUGGGCAGGCUCAGGUGGAAAGUAGGAACUUGGGUUUCAGGAAGGUACAGGUUUAUCGUAAAUUGUAUAGCUAUCAUGCCAUUUGGACGUAUACCUUCACCUCCCUUAAGUUCCAAACAAGGUUCACAGUGUUCUACUACAAUCUGAAAAGCGAGAAUUCAUGCCUAAAAUGGAUGGUAUAUAAACAAUAAGCUUCUCCAUAUUGUGUCAAAUGCUUGGUUUUCUGUUAAGUAUUGGGCUUCCCUAUUACAGUUUGUAAAUGUAAAGUAGCAGUCACAUAUACCAAUGGAGACGAAAAGUUUGUAAUAGUUACUUGUUUUAAUCAUAUCUUUUACAUGGCCUCUAGCUCAGUUUUGCUUGCUUUACAUGUAUGGUGGUGGAAAAAGAUGUAAAUUUCUGGAGUCUUUUGGUGGAUCUUCUCCCAGAGAUGGGUGUGGAGGAAAGCAUUCAAUCUUGGCGGUUUGAUUGUUACUGUGGAGAAAGUGGUAGCAGGAUAUGUAUUGCGCUUAAGUGGAGAUUCCAAAGGUGAAAAGGGAAAGAUAAAAAGGCGGGAAAUGUAUUUACUGCUGCUUUCUUGAUUGAGGAAAUUCUGCGUUUCCAUGUCAA